GCUGCAUCACAACAGCCCGUCAGCAGCUCGAGUAGUAACAGGCGACCAAAGGGGGGGGGAAACAGGAAGGAUAUCCAGCAGCCUUAUUCAUUGAUAAAAACACAAACAAAACAACAAAACAACAACAACAACAACCACCCUGUUGUGUUGACGUCGUCGUCGUUGUUGCAGCAUCCUCACACCAGGAGGAGGAGGAGGAGGAGGAGGAGGUCGGGGGGUUUAAAGCAGACAGGAACCGGGUUUGCAAGUGCGAUAGCCCCGCUCCGCUCCAGCUGCUGGGACAUGGCCAGGCCGGAACAGGUCCUGCUCCUCGAGCCUCCGCAUGAGCUCAAAUUCAGAGGUCCAUUCUCAGACGUGGUCACCACAAAUCUCAAGCUCUCCAACCCUACAGACAGGAAUGUGUGUUUCAAGGUGAAGACGACGGCGCCGCGCCGGUACUGCGUGCGGCCAAACAGCGGAAUCAUCGAUGCGGGCACCUCAAUCAACGUCUCAGUUAUGCUGCAGCCUUUUGACUACGACCCCAACGAGAAGAGCAAACACAAGUUCAUGGUCCAGUCUGUGCUAGCACCUCCUGACAUGACCGACAUGGAGGGAGUGUGGAAGGAGGCUAAGCCAGAUGAGCUGAUGGACUCCAAGCUAAGGUGUGUUUUUGACAUGCCGGUGGAGAUCGAGAAAACGCAUGACAUGGAGUCCAGCAAGAUGAUGUCGUCCAACUUGCUGAAGUCAGACUCCUCCACGCUGCCUCCGAAGUCAAUGAGCUCCACCCUUGAUGACGGGGAGGUGAAGAAGAUCAUGGAGGAGUGUAAGAGGCUGCAGAUGGAGGCUCAGAGGCUACGGGAAGAAAACAAACAGAUCAGGGAGGACGAUGGUCUGCGGAUGAGGAAGGGCAACGUGAUGUCAUCUCAACACUCCUCAAUUGGCAUGAAGAAAGACGAGGGGUUGAGCGCCCGCACGAUGGCCCUCAUCGUGCUCUUCUUUGUGGUGGGCGUCAUUGUGGGCAAGUUGGUCUUGUAGGCGGCAGCGCAGUUCGGUCGGGCCGCAGCAUGCUUUCAAAGGGGGAUGAAAACAAGCACGGGAUUUUGGAUCAGAAAUGCCGUAUCCGCUGGGUGUGUGUGUGUGUGUGUGGGGGGGGGUACUAGUUUUGAUUCAGUCUCAUUUAUGUAAAAUAAAUUUCAAAGGUAAUGUAUGAGAAAAAUAGAGAAGAAAAAAGCGAUUCUUAACUACAGGUCUUGCCUCUACGUAAUCAUCACAUAAUCAUUCUGGCCCCUCUUUCCCAAAAAUGUUAUGAAUACAGAUUACUGGUUCAGUGGGGGGGGGGUGUGUGUGUGUGUGUGUGGGGGGGGGUAACGGAAACACAAUUUAAGGCUAGUGAUCCAGACCAAUUCUCUAACACCGGCGAGGCAGUGUUGGUGCGACUGAGUCAGUUUGAAAUUGUGUGAAUGUCAUUUCGGUGUAUUGUUGUUUCUUUCUCUACAUGACAGAGGCCAGAGCCUAUGCAUAUGUAUACGCAUCCCCCCACCCACUGCACAGUAUAACCAGGUGUUCCUUCCAGCUAAACCCCCUUUAAGGAAGGGAUUUAGCAGAGUGAUGAUCCACACGGUCGGGGUUACACACACACAGGGCUACCAAACUGACUCCUGCAAUCAGAGGCUUUGUAAAAAAAAAUCAGAUUUGAUCUUUGAUUGUAGAACGACCUUGAUCAGCGUAUGAAACACUGUACUGUAGGUAUCGUCUUUCCUCGUGUCGUUUUGAUUUUCACUCUACCUUGUCCCCGUCACCUGUCACUCAGUGCUCACCGCAUCCCCACCUGUCAGAAGGGGAAUGUUCGAUUGCAUGCGUUCACACACGGAUUGUUUGAAAUCUAAUUUAAUUGCUUUUAUAAUGGUGAUAAUAUUAUGUCAUUUGGCUGUAGGUUUGCACAACUACAUUUUCAGUUUUCUCUCUCUUUUGUUGCAUUUUUAUGAUUUUUAAGUCAUUUUUUUUUUUCUGUUCUAGGAUUGAAGCAUUUAAGAAUAUUGCAGCUAUAAGAAAUGAGCUCCAGAUUUGUAGGAUUAGAUCAUUUCUGUAAACGUUAUCCAGAUGAAAGGCUUGCCUUGUGACCUAUUCGGGCAAGUUAUUCUCAGGCCAAGAUGGAGGUAUAUACAUAUACAGUACAUAGACAUAUAUAUAUAUAUAUACACACACACACACACACACACACACACACACACACACACACACACACACACACACACACACACACACACACACACACACAGAAAGCAUGCAGACAUGUUGUGAGAACAGAGAGGAGAUGCAUGUAAAAGCGACUGGUUAUGUGUUUCCCUUAGAACAUUAACAGCAACACUAAGGUCCUGUUACAGUGUCCUCACAAAGGGACCUUGGUCUUUUCCAGCUCUUUUAGUUUUUUCAUAUUUUCCUACUGAGCCAUACAUUUGUUGACGUUCUGUUUUGUUUGGGGGCAAAUGUAUGCCGGAGUGUUUCAAGCUGCCUGCUCCAGCUCUCCACUGCUGGUGAUUCACUGCAGGCCUGUGUUCAGAUUGUUAUGUUUGUUCAGCAUUUAUCCGUUGCUUAAUAAUGUUAAAUCCUCACUGCAUUUGAAGUUGUGCUCAUUUUUAAGGCACUAAGAUUAAGCGUGUCGCUCCUUUGAUCUUCCUGAAGCAUACUUUUUUUUCUCAAGCAAGAGAAGGGGAGGAAAAAGCAUUCAGACUAGUUUAUAUCCUUUAGGGGACCACAUGAUGACAUUGUACUCUACCAGAGCCUAUGGUUAUUUUUUGGGGUCUAGAAUAUACAAAAACAUACUCUCAAAUUGUUUCAUCUCCAAAUUUGCAUGAAGUGUAAAAAAAGUGGAGAGUAUCAUUCUGCUCGGCAAUAUUUGAAGGAAAAAGAGCAGUUGUUCAUGUUUUUAUCCCACUACAUCCACAUAAGAUGCAGGAGUGCAUUAUUCAUUGUUAAACUGAAAUAAAAAUUAAAUCCCACCAUCAAUUAAUUUUAAGUGUAGGGGAAUAUGAUGGAUAUGACUGGCGGGUAUGAGAUUAAAAUGUACAUGAGCUUGUGUUUCUACUGUAUCUCUGUAAAGUUGUUGGGUUGAGGAUGACUUGCUGCUUAGAGGGAGGGCAGAGCAGACCUGAGCUACAGUCCCAUCCUGGGUUAUCAGACCUGGAUCAUAUAGUAAUUGCAGAAAAUUGUUCUUGUUCAAUGAAUCCUGGUUUGGAGUAUCGGGGCAUUUCUACAUGAAAAAAUAUUUCAGUAAGUAUCAGAAUAUACUGAUUCAUAAUUAACCACUGUCCUAAUGUGGUACUCAAAGCAGGAUUAAACAAACAAUAACAUUUACACGUGAAUACUUAUUGAUCCAGGACCGGUUGUAAAACACACUACACUGACCAUCACCGUGAUCAAUGUAAGCAGUCGGCAAACUGUUUUGUAUGUAUAUAAAUAAAUAAAUAAGUCUAUCUGAGAAGAAGAUAAUUAUUCCUAGUUCAAGUAGUCUCUCUGGUGUAUAAAAACAAUCCAACCUGGUUGGACUAUGUAGCAUCUUAAUAAAUUAAAUGAAUAAAGC